GCAAAACGUUAUUUGCCCUUAUUUCAUUAUCCGGGCUCGAUGACCUGAGCCGAAGAAGAUGACGAUGAAUCCGGUGGCAAUUCGUCGCGUUUCGUUCGACUGCCUCUCUUGUCUCUCUCUGAAUCGUCGAGGAUUCGGAGAUGGAUUCUCCGGAGGCCGGAUUCUGAACUCGCCGAGACGGACUCGGCCGACUCGGCGGACGUGCUCUGUUGUGGCGAGUCUGAUCACCAGCUCUGACUCGUUCGAAGUUGGGAGGCUUAUCGGGAGCUAUGGGUUCAUGAAUGUGACCAGUUAUUCAGGGCUGCAGCUUGGACCUGACAUUGAAUAUGCAUCCGGAGAUAUAGGUCGAUUGAAAUUUCAAGACGUUGGAGAAGGCAGUGUUAAGAUCAGGCUUUAUGAAGGUAGAAUCUCCCAGGGGCCGUUCAGAGGAAUACCUGUAAUUUUUAAGGUUUAUCCUGGAAAACGAGCUGGUGGAAUUGAAGCUGACAUGAUGGCAGCAAACGAAUUAAAUACACAUGCUUUUCUCCAGAGCAGUAGAAAAGCCACUCCUACUAAUAAUCUGAUCAUACUUGUUGGCGGGUUUGAGACACAAACAGGAGAGCAGUGGCUUGCAUUCCGUGAUGAUGGGAAAUAUAGCGCAGCUGACUAUGCAAAAGUGGCAAGUGAGAAAACAUCUAGAGGCCGCACUCAAGGAAUAUGGAAUCCCUAUGACCAAGAUCAGGCGAUUAAACGCAGGAGAAAUUUUGUUAUUAAGAUCCUUCAGGGUGCAAUGAGGGGUCUUGCCUUUAUGCAUGAUCAUGACAGGUUACAUCAAAGCCUUGGACCAUCCUCAAUUGUUCUCAAGAUCUCUAUGCUGUUUUUUCAGUUUUCCGCUGGUAAAAUGAUCCAUUUUGUUGGCAGUACAACAGCAGAGAGAGAAGCCAUAUACCUAAUUCCACGUCUUCGAGAUCUAGCCUUUUCCGUUGAUAUAAGGCCAUCAUGUUUUGAGGAAGGAGUCAGUCAAGGUGGGCUGUCAGAGUCUCUUUGGAGAAGAGCAUCUUCUUCUGGUGCCUUCUCUAUUCUUGAGAAAAGAGCUUUCGGAAUUGCGGAUGACAUAUAUGAAGCAGGUCUUCUUUUCGCUUACUUGGCAUUCAUUCCAUUUUGUGAAGUAGGCGUCAUGGAUUCUCUUUCAUUGCAAAGGCUACUGGAGAAUACCUUCAGGCUGGAUCUGGAUGCUGUAAGAGAGUAUUGCUUAGCCGAUGAACGCCUAGAAGAAGCAGUCAGGUUUCUAGAUAUUGGUGAUGGAGCUGGUUGGGAUUUACUUCAGGCAAUGCUGAAUGCUGAUUAUAGUAAAAGACCGAUGGCAGAGGCCGUUUUGCGUCACAGAUUUAUGACAUGUUCCGUUCCCUGAGGUCUGUGAGAAGAUUACAAAAGAGAGCAAUGAAACAAAUUCUGCACGUAUGGAUAUAUACGUAUAUAAGAGGGGCCGGCUUGCCUGAGCGGUACAUUCAUUUGUCCCGAGGUCUGAGAAAACAGGGAUAAGGCUGUCUAAACUCUAAAUUACUGUUAUGUUUUUUUUUUUUUGUCUUUCUUUCUAUGUGGAGAAUCUUUUUUUAACAUGUUGUAAUAUGUAAAUUCCUAUGUAAUCGAGGGAAUCAUUGAACAAAAGCUGGUUGGCCCAUCAUAAAGCCCAUUGUAAUGUUUAAAGCCCAUGAUUGGAGUAGAA